CUUGGCUGGCUGAUACCAACAAAAACGAGGGAGCCACAGGAAGCUUGGGAUGAGAUGUGGAAGUUCGUCUGGGCGCAAGUAGGCUGCCCGGACGACACGGCCGCGGACAACGCGUUCAAUUCACUUGUCGCGUCCUUUGCGGACAUGGGCACACUGCACAACCACGGUAGAGCAAACGAGCCACGCG